GCGCGGAGCGAAGAAAAACACAUCUGAACUGCAGUCGCGCAAAACUGUUGCAAUAAAAUUUUGGUUAUGAAAUUCAUUAUUGCUAUUUCGGCUAUUUUUGCGUUGAUCGCCUGUACGCGGGCUCUCAAGGAUGGCAAGUUUGAAAACAGUGUAUUUUAUGCUCACAUUUGCGGUCAACCGCCUAAAGCCAACGGUGAUGGGUUAAUCGAGUGUGCUACUUAUAUACCCUCAUGGAUCUACGAUGCCAGCAGAAAUGAAUGCUUGCUUUUUGUUUAUAACGGCUGUGAAGGAAACGACAAUCGUUUCGGUACAAUGGAAGAAUGCGAGCAAAAGUGCAGGGAAUAAAGGGAUACACUACAUAUUUUCUACAGUUUGAAUAAUUUUGUUGGAUACUAUGGAGAAGUGUCAUCGCAGUUUAUGUACCUGCCUGUGAUUUCGAAAUAAAAGUAUUUUCCUUAGCUCAGGUGAUGCAAAUAAUAUGCGAGUAUUUACGAAGAGAUUAGAGGACCGAAUUCGUCGGCGAGCAGAAAAUGGCCCACAGUGUUAUUUGUCUUUUUAUAUAUGGUAGCCGAUGAAUUUUGCCACAUUUUAGAUGAAUUUGCUUCAUUUUACUUCAUUUUGUUCUCGGUGUUAAAAGCUAUGUUUACGACUUGUAUUCUGCAAUGCACGUCUGAUUUAUAGAAAACAGGUUUCUUGUGUACUCAACAAUGAAUUUUCAAAAAUCAACGGUAUUUUGUAGUCACUUCAAACUUGCAUUUUAUUACACUAAAAU